AUGUUCACGUCUGUUUGCGAUGUGUUCACGCUUGGUUCACGUCUUGUUUGUGCCGUUCACGAUCUCGCGGGCCGGAUCGGACAAGGCUUCUUUUGGCGAUGCAGUCAACGUUUGCACAUCGCUCCCGCAGCGACCUUGCCGAAGGAUGUUGCGCUGAGGGUUCUCAAUGCCAAAAGCCCUGUGCCUUCGCUCAACAACCCCAUCUUCAACAUCGACAUCAACUUUUCAGAUCUGCACGACAGCGUCAACCUGCCAUAUCACUACACCCGUGGUAUUGCGCUUGUCGCCUUGAAACGCUGGCCUGAAGCCAAAGAAACACCUCGUACCACGCCUUCAUCAAUGCUUACCCACAAAGCACCGAAUUGCUUCAUGAGAUAUACGUUGCAGAUGGAGGUUUCGAAGAAGUCGGCUGAUAUUAUGGGCAAGACAUCACCUCUUCCGAAACACACCCACCCCCUGCUUAUCUGUUUGCUCAAGAGCUUGUAUCACGCCUUCAUCAACGCCUACCCACAAAGCACCGAAUUGCUUCACCGAAGACCCAGGCACGUACUGCCCUGCAGCGUUGCAGUUCAUUCAGCUGUCGCCCGUGCACCUCGCUGGGUGUUGAAGAAGCUGACAACCACCUAUGUCACCCUUAACCUCGCGGAUGUUGGCAAAGCGAUCAAGAUCAGUUUAGAGGAUGGGUCCCGGCAGCGUGAUUGUAUCAAACGACAUCAGUACCCAAAUCUCCGCAGAUGGGACUGUAACCUCCCCAAACCUGCCACCGCAGUUCAUGAGGGAAGAAAUCGACGUCCAGGAGCAGACAGCGUUGCUUGGGCAGGAGACUGGGGAGUGUUCCAUUGCGAUGGUCUAUUUCUGAGUCCGUAA